AUGAGUAAAAGUGCUAAUGAGGCAUAUGAGUUAUUAGAGGAGAUGGUGAUGAAUAAUUAUCAAUGGCCAACUGAAAGGGGACAACCGAAGAAGGUGGCUGGAAUGAUGGAAUUGGAUGCUAUAUCCAUGCUUACAACUCAAGUAGCGGCCUUGACAAAGGAACUACAAAAGAAUACACUCCCAUCUCAAGCUAUGCAAGUUCAAAACUUUUGUGAAGUGUGUGAAGUUAAUCCUAAAGAAGAGUGCCAAUCUAUUACUUUGAGGAGUGGAACGAGGUAUGAAGGGCCAAAGAAGAAUCGGUCAGAAGAAGAAAAAGGUCAGAAGGGAAAUACUCGAGGUAAAGAAGAAAAGAAGUUUAAUGAUGAAAAUGUUAUUGAAGACCUUAAGAAAGAACAGGAGACUCCACCUAUGAGUAUUGAGCCCCAUUUUAGAAUUCCAUAUCAACAAAGACUUUGUAAGCAUAAUUUAGAUAAACAGUUUGCAAAGCUUUUAGAGGUGUUCAAGAGGCUACAUAUAAAUAUACCGUUCGCAGAAGCAUUAGAACAGAUGCCCAGCUAUGUAAAGUUUAUGAAGGAGAUUCUUUCUAAUAAGAGAAAGAUGGGUGAUUAUGAAACAGUGGCGUUAACGGAAGAAUGUAAUGCGAUUUUGCAAAGGAAACUUCCUCAAAAGUUACUAGAUCUUGGGAGUUUUACUAUUCCAUGCACAAUUGGGGAGUUUGAAUGUAAGCAUGCACUUUGUGAUUUGGGGGGAAGUAUAAAUUUAAUGCCUUUGUCAAUAUUCCGUAGACUGGCUUUGGGUGAAGCUAGGCCAACCAUAGUAACAUUGCAACUGGCUAAUAGAUUUGUGAAGCAUCCACGUGGAGAGUUAAAGCUAAGAGUUCAAGUAGAAGAAGUAGUAUUUAAUGUGUUUAAGGCUAUGACUUAUCCUAUAGCAAGUGAUAGUAGUUUCUCAAUUGAUGUGGUAGAAGAAGCACUAGGAAGAAAAAAAUUAAGUGAGGAUCCUCUUGAAUUAAGUCUUACAUUUGAUGAUGUAGAUGGUGAGGAGAAUAAAGAAGCAGUGAGUUAUUUGAGGUGGAUAAAAUCAUCUGAAACGUGGAAGCAUAAGAAGUUUGAAGAAUUGGGUGAGGGACCAAAAAAGCCAUUACCAUCGAUUCUGAAGCCACCUGUUUUAGAAUUGAAAGUUUUACGAGACCAUCUCCAUUAUGCUUAUCUUUGGGAAAAAGAGACUCUUCCGGUUAUAGUUUCAUCAUUUCUUUCAGAAGUUGUUGAGGGUGUUAAGAGCUCAUAA